CUACCCUCCUCUUAAUGAGUUCUUAAUUAGUUCUUUUCUUUCUUCUUGAUGUCUAUCCCACAAAUUUUCUUCUCCGUUUUGCUGUUAUUAUCUGUGACAGGCUCGUAUCAGAGUGCCAGACACAACCAGUCUGAGUUCUUUGAUCUCAUGAAGAAGUCCCUGAAAGGGGACUUCAUGGCUAAUUGGGACGGAAAACCUCUUUGCAACUAUUCAGGGAUCAGAUGCGAUGACCAUGGUGAUGUUUUCCAGAUUGAUAUCUUUGGGCGGUCAUUAUUUGGCCGGUUCCCAGAAGAUGUCUGUACUUAUUUGCCAAAGCUGCGAUUCCUUCGCCUCGGCCGCAAUCAUUUCCAUGGAAGUCACUUCCCUGCCAGCAUCACCAACUGCUCUGUCCUAGAAGAGCUAAACAUGACCCGCACAUAUGUAACAGGCACAUUGCCGGACCUGACGCCUAUGCAAGCUUUGAGGUCGCUUGAUCUGUCCUACAACCUCUUUACAGGUGCGUUUCCUAUGUCGGCAAUCACCAACCUCAGCAAUAUCCAAGCUCUCAACUUUAAUGAGAAUGGCGGUUUUGACCCCUGGCAACUCCCUGCUAACCUAUCUGGGCUGAGAAAGCUCAAGUACAUGGUCUUAACGACUUGCAAUUUGCAUGGAAAGAUUCCAGCGUCAAUAGGGGAGAUCACGCAUUUGGUGGACCUUGAAUUGAGUGAUAAUGCUAUGGUGGGGAAGAUUCCUGUCGAGUUGGGGAUGUUAAGGAAUCUUGAAAUGCUUGAGCUUUAUUACAACCAAUUUGAGGGCGAAAUUCCAGAGGAACUAGGAAACCUGACUAAUCUCGUAGACUUGGAUCUGUCUGGGAACAGGUUGACAGGUAUAAUCCCAGACUCCAUUUCUAAGCUUCCGCAUUUACAGGUCCUACAAGUGUACAACAAUACUCUCUCUGGAAAAUUUCCUUCUCACCUAGCUAACUCCACAACCUUAAGAAUCUUGUCUCUUUACACCAAUUAUCUGUCCGGGGAAAUCCCAGAAAACUUUGGGACAUCAUCAGCUCUGGUUGUGUUAGACUUGUCAGAGAAUCAAUUCUCUGGAAAGCUACCACCACAUCUGUGUAGCAGAGGUCAGUUGAAGUACAUGCUUUUACUUCAGAAUUUUUUCUCAGGAGAACUGCCGGCAACUUAUGGUAAGUGUCAGGUUCUUGUCCGGUUUAGAGUGAAUAACAAUUUACUGGAUGGUCAGAUACCUGAAAUAAUAUUUGGUCUUCCCCGAGCUUCCAUCAUUGACCUGAGUUAUAAUCGGUUGAAUGGUUCGAUACCAACCACAAUCAAGAACGCCAAGAACUUGUCAGAACUGUUCAUUCAGGGCAAUAGAAUAUCAGGCUUGCUUCCACGUGAGAUCUCCAGGGCUAUCAACCUGGUGAAGAUUGAUGUCAGCAAAAAUCUUCUUUCAGGUCCGAUACCAAAUGAAAUUGCAUACCUGAAAAGGCUCAAUGAGCUAAAUCUGCAUGGAAACAGGUUCAACUCUUCCAUCCCCGAGACAUUAUCUUCACUGAAAUCAUUGAUCUAUCUGGAUUUGUCGAACAAUCUUUUGUCAGGAGGAAUUCCACAAAGUCUUGCUGAACUGCUACCGAAUCCAAUGAACUUCUCAAACAAUAUGCUCUCAGGUUCUAUUCCUUUAUCCUUCAUCAAGGGAGGUGUAUUGGAUUACUUUACUGGCAAUCCUGGACUAUGUCUCCAGCACGACUACCCCUAUCCUAGCACGUCACUGAUCGCCAAGUUCCGACCCUGCUCACAAUCUCACAAUCUCAAAAUAACAAAAAUCAUUUCAGAGGUAGUUGGGGGGACUGCAGUGUGCUUUGUCAUUUUCGGAAUCAUCUCUUUUCUAAAGCAAUGGUUCUGCAAAAGAAGAGACAUUGCAUGCCAAGAAGAUCAGAAACUGUCAUCUUCAUUUUUCUCCUACGAUGUCAAGAGUUUCCACACGCUCAACUUCGAGGAACGGGAGGUUUUCCAAGGAGUGAUUGAGCGGAACAAAGUGGGAGAGGGAGGAUCGGGGACGGUGUAUAAAGUGAGGCUGAGCAACGGAGAAACCAUAGCUGUGAAGAAGCUUCGAAGCCAGAAUGGUGUGAUUCUGGAUAGGGAAUUAAAAACAGAAGUUGAGACUCUAGGCAGUAUACGCCACAAGAACAUUGUGAAGCUGUAUUGCUACUUCUCUGGCCUGGCUUGUAGCUUGUUGGUUUACGAAUACAUGCCAAACGGGGACCUAGGUGAGGCUCUCCAUGGAGGAAGUGUCACUUUAGAUUGGCCGAUUCGCCACCAGAUUGCCCUUGGGAUUGCACACGGUUUGGCUUAUCUACAUCAUGAUCUUCAACCCCCAAUUGUACACAGGGACAUCAAACCCACUAACAUCCUGCUAGACGUUGAUUAUCAGCCCAAAGUUGCAGAUUUCGGAAUUGCCAAAGUUUUGCAAGCAAGAGGAGGCAAGGAUUCAAUUUCUACAGUCAUUGCUGGGACAUAUGGUUACCUGGCACCAGAAUAUGCAUACUCUGCCAAGGCAACCACGAAGUAUGACGUUUACAGUUUCGGGGUGGUGCUGAUGGAGCUGAUAACAGGGAAGAAGCCACUGGAAGCAGAAUUCGGAGAAAACAAGAAUAUUGUAUACUGGGUUUCAAGAAAGGUGGAGACAAGGGAAGGAGCAUAUGAUUUGUUGGACAAGCGAGUCUCCAAUUCAUUCAAGGAAUGUAUGAUUAAGGCACUCCGUAUAGCCGUGCAUUGCACAUACAGGACACCUGCCCUACGCCCCACCAUGAAUGAAGUUGUCCAGCAUUUGAUGGAAAUCUCUAAUGUUCAGCCAAAACAGACCACGACUGUGAAGAAUUUCAAGUGUUCGGAAACAGAGUAUGCUAUCAGUGUGGUGGGAGAUGAAGAGAAGAAGAUCAUAAGAAAUAAAGAUGCAAAUUCCACCCCUAGACAAGAUAAGGAGGGGACCGAGCUAGUCAAACUCUGAGAAAUUAACUUCAUCAUUGAUGAUACUACUAAUGAAUACAAGCCCUCAAUUUUUGGUCAACAGGAUCGAGAAUCAUACGUAGUAGUAUUUAUAAGUCAGUGCCAAUUUUUUUAGGUAAUCCACUGUGGUGUUUAAGGUCCUUAUCAUGUUAUGCCUUUUUUGUUGCCUGGUCUUUACUGAAUACCAUGGAAGAUUUCUCUCAAAGUGUAUGGGCGCCUAUUUGAGCCCGAAGUUUUCCGCACACUGUCCAAGAUUAUUAGUAUGGCAAAACAACAUAAAAAAAAAAAUCAAAACAAUCUGCCGUGCAACAGAAUCUUAUUACUUGUUUGAAGUCAUUUUGUUGAGGAUGGGAUAAUGUUUCAAACAUCUUCUGUAGAUACCUCUCCGCAAAACGGAAGAUUCAAAUGUAAGAGCUGUCACAUUUUAUAUGUUGCCAAGGUGUACCUUGCCCAAUCAGCAUAAAAAAAGCAUUUAAGUAUGUAACUGAAGAUCACUAUCAAUGUCCAUCCCUACUCUUGGUCACGUUAUCGGGCAAAAGAGACUCUACUGUGACUGGACAAGAAACGGGAUAGUGUCCAUCCCUACUAUCAAUAAUACUCACAACUCUUGUUCUGUAGUGUUUAGUUUAAAGGAAGCUUCCAUUUAACCAUGGACUAAAAAGAAAGGUUGGGAUUGAUUUAUUUGUGAGUUAUUUUAGGGGUCAUAAUAAUAGGACUGCGUUUCAUUUACUUGUGAUAUUGUAAACAUGUUACGAUAAAAUAGGAGGGCCAUAUUUUAUUCAUAAGAUAAAUUGCGAACAAGGUGGCACAUAUAACAUAUUGCUAUUAGUAUUGUUCUAUUGUUUGUUCUGGGUCAAGUUCGGAGUGGCUUUCCCAUGAUCCAUUGUAGUUUAUCUUUAGUAUUCUUCUUUUGGAUUAAUGAAAUCAAUAAAGGUUGAAAAUGGCAUCAUUUUUGGGAUAUUAAAUGUAAGUCAUUUUUUGAAUUUCAGUUAUGUAUGUAUUUAGUUGGCCUUUUUGUGAAAUGGAAUAUAAGUAGUGUCUAUAUGUGUAGAUUUGUAAGCUUCCGUACCCCUUUAUAUAGAUCCAAUACAAAAAGUUUUGAUUGAUCUAUCAGGCCAAUGCCGCAUUUUGAGCUGCGGAACAGAGGCAUUUUCAUCUGAUGGACUAAUGCGUUAAGCAUCAGCCUCAGCGCAUAGUGAGCAGUAAGCCUCAGCCCUGAAGACAUGUAAUCCAAUUUUAAAUGUGUAAAUGAAGUAUAUAUGGAAUUAAUAACAUAAGUCACUAUUGGGUUGGCCUACUAAUGUAGUAUCGCAUAAUACUACUCCCUCCGUCCCAUUUUGGUUGUCCUACUUUCCCUUUUGGGUUGUCCCAAAAUGAAUGUCUUAUUUCUUUUUUUGGCAAGAAAUAUGUGGUCUUUAUCAUUUUACUUUAUUCUACUCAAAUCUCAACCACAACUUUUACUUUUCAACCACUUUAUUAAUAACCAUGCCAAAUUGAAAGUGGACAACCAAUAUGGGACGGAGAUAGUAUUAAACUUCAGAGCUGGUAGCCUGGUAGCACACACUCAACAUGGUCAAACAGGAAAAAAAAUAGCGCCUCAAUAUGAACUAAAUGUCAGGCAGCAGCACAACCUGAUCAGUAGAGCAUUCAACACUAAAAAAACAAGAAUAAAACCGAGCAAAUGGAAGGUAGCAACAGCAUCCAGCAUCACAUAUAUCUCGGAGUGAAAUUUAAAUGACCCUCUUACAAGAGAUAGGACAUUACCUUCCACCUGAGAGUGUGAAAUAAGGGAUAUAGAAAAAAAAAAUUGUAUCAUUCACUAUUCAGUAAUAACUUCAAUAUAAAUACAAUCUUGAUAUAAUGAUAUGCAACUAUAACUUUUUUUCAAAAAAUAUUUUUCUAAUACUAACUUGCUAAUUUAUCUAUGAAAAGCAUUUUAUAACAUAUGCUUCUACAAAAUCUACAUACAUCAAUAUUAUCCACCUAAUGAAGCUCUUGUUGUAACAUGGAACAAAAAAAGUAUCAAUUUCUAAUUUCGAGUCCACCAUUUCACCUUCUAAGGUGGUGGAGGGAACGUUCACUGACCAAAGAAACAAUAACAAGAAUGAAGGGUAGGUUCUCCUGUAAGGAAGCACCCAUGCUGAUUACUAAAGUAUAUACUAUAUAUUACCUCCUCCAUCCGGCAAAGACUUACAAAUAUAUUUAUCUAAGAUAAUGUUUUAUUUUGACUUUCUAAAUAGUCCUUACUUUAUGUUAAAUCAAGCAAAAAGUAAGCAAAAUUUAAGAGUAGUUGUUAGUUUGUGACAUUGCCUAUUAUAAAGUUUCUUUCUAAAGAAACAGGAACUUCAUUUUCGGGAUGGAGGUAGUAUCUUUUUGGUACAUCCCCGAGGAACUGCUAAAGUAUCAGUCAGAUGAUUAUGGUUUGCACUACUUUUUAGUCUUUUAAUCUUUAAUUGUUUCCAAUAAAAUGUAUAAUGGGAGUUGUGCUAUAACAAUAAUAAUAGAUAUCGUGUGCUCUCACUCUAUAAGUUCAACUAAAAUGCACACUUUUGUGGCAAAAAUUGAAAUCUAACUAAACAAAAAUAAUAAUCAAACAGUAAUAUUCAAAGAUAAAAUUCAGAUAUUUCAAUGUACUACACACUCUUAAUGCUUAAAUAUACCGAGACAAAACACCAGACUUAUAAAAACACAAAAUAUACAGCCAUGAAGGUUAUUAUAAAUAUAAAAUAUACAUAUUGAAAAAUUGCAAAAUUAGUACUCACUCCGUUCCAAAAUGAUGGUCUUGUUUCCUUUUUGGUAAGAAACUAAAAGUGGAUUAUCAUUUAUACCCCUACUUUCCCGAUGACCAAUAAAAGUAAAAGGAAGAACCGUACAAUAAAAUAAGGUUCUUUAGUAAUUAAUAAUUAAAAAUGCAUGCACUUAUCUGAAACAUAAAAAUGAGAUUUGUAGAGUGGUGCUUAACUCAGAUCUUCUAAAGUAGAGGACUUAUAAAAAAUAUGUAGGGUGAUGCUCGAGAAUAAUAUACAUCUAAAAUUUCAUUGAUGAUAAACACAUCUAAAAUUGGGUUCAUAUCUGGAAAAUGAAACAAAUUAAUUAGUAAUAGUUUGUAAUGGGAGUUGAAGCAGGGAAUAUGAAGAUAGCGGCAUGGAGCAUAGAUAAUGAAAUACCUGGAAUUGAAUCACAUUGAAUCGUGGAAUCCGAAGGAGAGAAAGCUGGGGUGUGAUGGGUUGGGCUUCAGUCCAAAUGCAGAUGGUUAUGUUGUCCCAAUAUGUUAA